AUGGCCUCUGCAGAUCCAUUCGACGCUGCUCUGUACGCUCAAGAUAUCUUUCCUUCAAGCAAAAUAUUUCCUGACACAUCAACAGCGAUCUCCUCCGCCGCCUACCACCAUCAUCUACGCAAGAGAACCUCAAUGGCAUCAUCUCCCUCCAGCCCAGCCUCGAAGAAGACCUCCUCUCCUCCGUCGACGUCGCCCUGACUUCUCUAAGAUGUCCCAAGACUGGCCGUGACUUCCUCUGCUGCGACUACAACCGAGACGGCAACUCCUACCGAUCGCCCUGGUCCAACGAGUUCGAACCGCCAAUUGAUCCUGCCGACGCAGACGAAGUCACGCCUCACGGACGGGUACGGCGCAUGGAAGAGAGCAUCAACACGGCUGUGGACGUAUACCGAGAGCUAUACUACGAGGGCGGUGUGAGCAGUGCAUAUCUGUGGCAGCUGGACGAGGGAUUCGCCGGAUGUGUACUGUUCAAGAAGAGCGCGCAGCAAGGCGGCAGUGCAGGAAAAGGUGGAUGGGACAGUAUACAUGUGCUGGAAGUCAUAGAAGCGGCGACGAAGCGGAGCGCAAACUACAAGCUCACUUCGACUGUCAUUCUUGAUCUAGGCUUACAGACUGGAGCGGUGGACAGCCUUGAGCUAGCCGGGAACUUGACCCGCCAGACUCAACAAGAUCUACCACUUAAUGGACUGCGAGACGCUGAGAUCGAGCAGAGCCACGUCGUCAACAUCGGCAGAAUGGUCGAAGACAUGGAAACGAGAAUGCGAAACAUGCUGCAAGAGGUGUACUUUGGCAAAGCGAAGGAUGUCGUGGGAGAUUUGCGGAGCAUCCAGCCUCUCAGUGAAGCGGAGAGAGAUCGAGCCGCGCACCAAGAGGUUAUCAACAAGAUGGGACAAUGA